AUGUCCAACACUGAUACCAACUCAGGAACCUGGAAAUUCAGGAAACCAAGAGGUUCCCGUGCUUGUGAAGUAUGUCGAUAUAGGAAAGUUAGAUGUAAUGCAGAAACUCAAAUGCCUUGUUCCAACUGUAAGGCUUUUGGUUGUGAAUGUAAAUUCCCAGAGUUAAAGAAACGAAGGAGAUACAGCGGCCCUAUUAAGAACUCCAAUGAUUUCUUGACUAACAGAGUUAAUGAACAAUUGGAACAAGAGAAAAGAUUGAAUAAUUUUUAUCCCCAACAAAUUUCAUAUAAUUACUCCUUACCACAGAACCAAGGACAAUCCGUUCCACCACCAGUGGAAAGCCAAUAUCCAAAUAUGUCAUCCACCAACACAUCGCCUAUAAAUCAGGUCCCACCAACGUUUCCGAUGCAAAUAUCUCAACAUCCAAUGUAUCCUGGUAAUUAUUACUCACCCAUCACUUAUUUGACACCUCCCAUACAAGGUCCUUUAGUAUCGCCUCAUGGACAGAAUCCACCAGGUCAAAAUCCACCAGGUCAAACACCACCUGGACAAACUCCACCGGUGAUUAAAUCCCAACCCCCAAGAACCACUAAAAUCACCAUCCCACCACCAAAUUUCCCAAAACCUCAAAUUGAACAGAAAUCACCUUUGGAACUUUCCCCUUGGGAUAUUGAUAAUGAAUUUUUCAUCCCCAAUAACGCCUGUGCCAAUAUAUCAAUGACUGACCUUACUCCCAACUUCGAUGCAUCGGAUUUCUCCAUACCGAGUAAUGGGUUGAAAAUAGCUAAUAGAAGUGAAUAUUCAAAGAUGAUUUAUCAUAGUGCACCUUCAUAUUAUCAAUAUUUUGCUCCUGAUGUCACAGGUCCGUGGUCAAGCACUGGUGAUCCCACUAAUAAACCAGAAAAUCAAUUGACGGCUCAAGAGAUCCAGGAAGAAAUUGAAAUCUUGAAAAUUAAAGGUGCCUUUAAACUCCCUUCUAAAUUCAUUUGUAGACAAUUGAUUAGUUCAUUUUUUGAACAUUUCCAUCCACAUGCUCCCAUCAUUGAAAAAGAAUCAUUUUUGAGACAUUUUGAUCACCCAGAUAUUAAACAAAGACCUCCUUUGAUCUUAAUACAAGUCAUUCUUCUUUCUGGGUUGAAAUUAUGUAAACAUCCAGCUGUCUUGGAUAGUGAUGGAUCGGUAUCAACUGCAAAUAGAAUCAUGUACAAGAGAGUCAAAGCAUUGAUUGAUACCAGUUUGAUUUUCGAAUACAUAGGAAAUUAUAAUAAUGAUGAUAAAUAUGAUGUUGAUGAUGGUUAUGUUAUGUUCAAUUAUCCAACUACUAUCCUCCAAACACAGUUACUUUUGUCAAUGUAUUGGGAUGGACCUGAGGAUUUCACUAAAGGUCCUUAUUUCUGGUUAAGAUCAGGAGUACUAUUGGCAUUUGCCUAUGGAUUACAUUCUGAUAUGAAGACCAGUAAAAUCACAUCAUGUUUUGAUGCCCAAUUCCAAAAAUACUGUUCUCCCCAUCAACAAGAAGUCUUCGACAAUAUCAAACAUAGACAAUUCUUUAUAUGGAGGAAAAUCUUCUGGUUCAUGUAUUCACGAGAUAUUUUGAAUUCCACAGCCUUUGGAAGACCAUUAUUGGUUGAUCUUAAGCAAUGUAAUGUUGAAAGAAUCACCAUCAAAGAUUAUGAGUUAUACGAAUAUAAUUGGAAGAAAACUAAUACCAAAGAUUAUGUUGAAGGACAAUAUUAUGUUCAUCAAUUGAAAUUGGCUGAAGUCAUGGCUUUAGUUGUACGAGAUCAAUACUUAAUGAUCAAUGAAAAAUAUAAACUGGAAAGUUAUUAUCAUCGAUUAUUCUGUAAGAUCAAACAGAUAAAUCUUUUGAUGGGAUUAUACAUGAAAGAAUUACCCUCGUUUCUUCGAUAUUCUAUCGAUAAUCCUAAUUCCAAGAACAUCUUUGCUUUAGUAUUGGCUGUUAAUUACUAUGGUGCUUUGUAUCAUAUCAAUAGAAUCAGAUUGACAGAUAAAUCCAAUACUCAAUUCUGGGGGAUUUCAUACCAAAGUAUUUAUAUGAUUUCACAUAUUGGUGAAGUUGCAUCGUCAUUGAAACUGAAAAAUCCUUCAAUACUUAUUCCUGGAACAAUGGUUUAUAACAUUUCAUUGGCCAUUGUAUUCUUAGAGUUUCAUAUUGAAUCCAAUGUACUGGUGGUCAAAGAAACUUCGGAAAAACAAUUGAAAUCAUGUUUGAAAACUCUUGAUUUGGUUCAAAAUGAUUGGAAAGGUAUUGUACCACUCAUAAGAGCAUUUGUAGAGAAUAAGAAAGUUGAUCCAAAAGUAGGGGAGAUUGCUAAGAAUCUCUUGAUCAAGGAAAAUUCCAGAAUUCAGGAAGUUUGGACAACUAUGAAUUAUAUAAGACCAUUGGAAAUCAAUGCUUUAUUGAAUUCAAAGAGCAAUAGUGAUAGAAUAUUCAAAAUUACCAGGAAGGAAUAUGAAGAUCCGGAUUUACCUUUUUCCACCAUCAUAACUUAUGACUUACCUUCAUUUGAUGAUGAUUUCUUCCAUAAUUUUGAUUCCAGUCAAUUGUUUUCACCGCUUUUGGAGAAUAACAAUGGCAUUAAAGCAAACGUAUCAGGAGCGUCCUCAAUAUCAGAUUCUGAAAAGGCUACACCGGAUAAUUUAUCUACUACAUCGGUCAAUGAUAAGAAAGAAUAUGUUUAUGAUGAUUCUCCAUAUAAUGUCACCCCACUCAUUCAACCACCAAUAGAGACUAUUCAAUCCAUAGACAAUCAAUUGAAUCAAGCUGAAGCUGAAAAUACUUAUAUCUAUCGACACGUACUUCCAUUAGAUUAUAAUAUGGAAGGGAUAGAUAUUUUUGUUGAUGAUGAUUACAACUCCAAUUUCUUUGGCGGAGGAUUACAAGCCAGGGAGAUUGUUGACGAACACAUAUUCCUUAAUCUUAGUGCUGGAUUAAAUUGGAAGUAG